UUGUUAGUUGAUCGUGAGAUUUCAUCCGGAACAGAUCGCUUGUCAGUGUCUAAAAAAGAAGCAGAACCUCCCGAAAUGUGCAGCAAGUCCUUGGCCAUCUUUGCCCUCUUUUGCGGCCUCGUUGCCGGAACUGCAGUGGAGCAGUAUGGAAACUAUGGAAGUCCCUCAUCGAUUUCCACCACUCAGAGGAGCAACUCGGAGCUGCGCUGCAUGAAUAUAAAUCCCCAGAACUCGGUGGAUCUAGAUCAGAUAAUGGGUCUCUGGUAUGGCAGCGAGAUUAUUGUGCACAGCCAAGACUUUCCCGGUAUCUACGAGUACGAUUCCUGUGUGAUUAUUCAUUUGGCCGAUGUCACAGAACAGGUUCGCCUUACACAAGCCACCCGCGGAUAUGGCGGCUAUGGCGGAAAUCAGGAAUACAACCGGAACCAGAACCACUUUGGACGCACCACUACACCUUCGCCCGCUUAUCUGGACAGCGAUGAGUACCAGACGAGAUAUAAUCAGGGCCAGCAGAAGUACUUGCGUUUGGUGUGGAGCGAGCGGGAUAACAAUCUGGAGUACACCUUCAACUACACCACAAGUGCCCCUGGGCAGUGGUCCAACAUUGGCGAUCAGCGGGGCUCUCUGGUCUCCCUGAACUCUUACACCCAGUUCACCGGCACCGUCCAAGUGGUCAAGGCCGUCAACGAUCACCUCGUCCUCACCUUUUGCGGCAAUGAUAUGAAGAGCUCCAUAUACACGGUGGUGCUGACCCGAAAUCGCCUGGGACUCAGUUCAGAUGAGCUGCGCAGCAUCAGAAAUCUGCUUUCCCGCCGCGGCCUCUACACGGAAACCAUUCGCAAGGUCUGCAAUGGAUGUGGGCGGCUGGGAGGAAGCCUCUUCGCCCUCUUCGGCCUGCUGCUAGCUGGACGCCUCUUCUGGGGACGUGGCCACUGAUCGAAGUGAUCUCUCUCACACCAGACAGCAGCGGUUUCAAUGAGUCCAGCCAUAUUACGUUAAUUUAUGUGUAAAUUACUUAAGCAAUACAGAGAAAGGGAGAGGCAAGAUGCACUCCCCGAAAAAACUAA